AUGGCUCCCCCAGCGGCAACCAGCGACAUCGCGCUACCGGCUUCCCCAGAAUAUCCCCUCCCUGAACAGAAGGACCCCUUGGCAUCCUCAACACCAGUCACGAACCUAUUCUCUCUGUCAUCCAAGACCAUCGCCAUCACAGGAGGCGGUCGUGGCCUCGGCAUCACUUUUGCCCUCGCCGUCCUUGAGGCAGGAGGCCAUCCCGCCUGUCUCGACAUUCUGGAGUCACCCUCGCCUGUCGAGUGGGCGCACCUGACCAAGCUCGCCGCCGCGCGUGGCCAGCACGUCUCCUAUCAUCGCUGCGAUGUGACGGACGAGGACGCCACGCGUGCCGUUCUUGAGGACAUUGACGCCGCCGCGCAAGCCCGAGGCGCGCCGUUUGGCGGCACCAUUGCCUGUGCGGGUAUUCAACAGAAGACAGCAAGGAUCUUGGUGGAGCGCAAGAGAGAAGGUAGCGUCGUGCUUAUUGCGAGCAUGUCGGGGCAGAUUGCCAACAGGGGCCUGACAUGUUCGGCCUAUAACACGAGCAAGGCGGCUGUCCAGCAGAUGUGCCGCUCGCUGGCGCAAGAAUGGGGCCAGUACGGCAUCAGAGUCAACACGUUGUCGCCCGGUUACAUCCGGACGGCAAUGACGGACGAGCUUCUGGCGGCUGAGCCAGAGGUCGAGAAGACGUGGAUGCACGGCGCCAUGCUCAACCGACUUGGCGUACCCGAAGACUUCAAGGCGCCGGCUGUGUUCCUGCUGUCGGAGGGUAGCCGGUUCAUGACGGGUGCCGACCUUCGGGUGGAUGGCGGGCACUGCGCCUCGGCAUGA